UGCCCUUACCUGAGCUCUGGGGCGUCUUUAAUCAGGCCAUUGAUGGGCCUAUUUUCCAGUCACCGGAUCUUCGUGGGCGCUCCCGGGCUUCAUUCCCGAUCGCUUGGUGACUCAGCAGGGCCUCUGCAUCGAUCUUCGACUGGCUCUCCGGCCACUCACUGAGGCCUUCAGUCUGUCAUUUCUGUAAUAGGCCUUGGCUUGGGCCUCUAAAGGCUCAUAGGCCUCGCAUCCAGGCCUUGUCCACGUGGGGUUUGAGGCCUAACUAUCGGUUAGGCCUUUCAAGAUGGCCGCCGUUCCUCCAGUCCGGCCUAGUAAAAGGAAGCAACAUCAGACCAGUCCAAGCCCAGGGCCUAGUGCUUCGAGCUCUCAUGCACCCACAAGGUCAGAGACACUUCAAUCCUCCAUUUCUAAGCCCCAAAAGGCUAUUUCUAAGACUUCUGAAAAGAAGGCCCUACAACGCCAGAAGGCUAUGGAUAGGGCCAUUGCUAGGGCAGUGAGGGAAUCUGCUGAUACUAUACAGGAACAGCAAUCCACCUCCUUACCAGUUCAGCCUCCUGUGCAGUCUCCUGGGGCUCCAUUAACUUUAUCUCCUGAUAUAUCUGUAGACUCAUCCCAACCUCUGCCCAAUUCUGAUUUAUUCUGUCCUAUUUCUGUAUCUGAAAUGGAGGUUUUACCUGCAGCCCCGCCAGUACUUGAGUCAGCAGAGGUUCCUUCUAGUGCCACUAUUCCAAUGGGGCCUGUGAGUCACCAGGCAGUUGCCCCAGUGGCUAAUGACCCUGCAGUUAUGGCAGAAAUGAUUGCAGCUGCUGUUCAGAGGGGUAUUACUGCUUCCAGGCAGACAAGAACCCAUUCAUGGGUUUCAGAAUAUGUAGCAUCCCAAACUAGUCACGAUUUGGUGCAGGACUACUCCACACCUCAAGCUGAAGAUUUCCAGGCUCAUUCUCCAUCUCGGGCCUCACUGGGGGAUGAAGGGGACCUUAGGGAUGAGAACCUCUCUGAGGAUGAGGAUUUGGUUCCAGACCAACCCUCCUUUGUGGGUCUCUUCAACCCACAAUUAUUUCGGUCUUUGCUACACAAGGCCAAGGUCACUACCCGGCUGGGAGUGGCCCGACCGGCCCCAAUUCCCACCUCAGAGACCACUGAUCCACCCAUGGACUUGUUUUCAGUUCCGUGGUCGAGUCAGAAGAGGUGCCUGCCCCCAAGCUCUUUGUGGAAGUAGUCGAUAGGCAAUGGAACACUCCUAUAACUGGUCCUAAUCCUAAUGCCUUGGACCGUCGCUUGUAUAAUUUGGAACCUAACUUCCUUAAAUUACUGCAAAUCCCCACAGUUGAUGCCCCAGUAGUUGCAUUAGCAGGGCCAUCUGUGGUCACAGGUCCUCCAGAGGAAACCCUUCGCCCGGAAGACAAACGGGCCGAACAAACCCUGAUUAAGAGUCAUCAGGCGGCUGCCUGGGCCGUUAGGGCCUCUUCCUCGGCCUCUUUCUUUAAUAGAGCGGCCCUUUUAUGGUUAAAACAGUUGCGGGACCGUUUACCAGUCAC